AUGAGCCCUUCCUUCCUGGACGAGAACACUCCUUACUUCUUCAGCCAAAAGAGGGAGAGGAGCUACCAGCAGAGGCGAAUUAGAAAGACGCCAGACGACGUUUCAGUGUUUAGGGAGUGGAGAGAAGGCUACGGGGCCGACGCAGAGAGCGUUGUGAGCGUCGGGCGGCUCUCUAGGGCUCCAGCCGACCUCCAGCGAGUCAAGAGCGCCAUACGGAGGAGAGGCUCCGCGGCCAGCAGUCGGCACGUGUCCCUCCUACCGCCAGUAGACAAGGACGGUCCAAGGCUAGUGUCCGGGGAAGAAGUAGAUAGCAAUCAAGGCGCUCUCGAAGAAGGGGAGGAAGGAGACGGUAUAAAGGGAGCACGUUUAGGUUGGACCAAAGUCAAGGAGAUCUACAAGUUCAACGAGCUCAAAUUCGGGUCCACUUCCAUCCUUUCGAGCCUUGGCAAGUGUCUUGACUUCACCCAAGUCGGUGAGAACGCAGAUCAGGUCUCGGACUUUCUAGAGCCGGACCUGGUACGCAAGUUCCUGCAAGAUCACCGGUCUCUCACAUCAGAUACGGUGGUCGAGAAGCGAGAGUGGCAGACCGACUGCUACUUGGAUCUCGGCAGCUCCAAAAACAAGCAGCCUUUCCUCACAGCUCCUCCGAACCAAGAAGGAGGAGAGGGAGAGGGUAAGGACACAGGAAUCAGUGAGCAGAAAAGACGAACAGUAGAAGCUGCCAUUGCAGCUAUUUCCAAGAGAUACGCAAAACGACUCAACCCGAAGCCCAUAUCUUUCAAGGACAACAGAAAGAAAGAAAAAUCGACAGAGAAACGCCCGUCAAAGAGAGUCACGCUCAACCAGGAAGUCAUGUUCAAACCAGACUCCCCGCGAAGGCCCCAGACUGCUCACAGCAUCCUCUCGAACUUCUCCUUUCACUCUGAUCACAGUCGACCGAGCAGUGGAGAAUCGAGACCUGACCACUACGACGUAUUGCCUGCAGAGCUGAGACCUCCGAGCAUCAUGCUCUACAAGAGAGAGAGUCUGGUUCCCCAGCUCAAAGUCCGCCAGCCCAGGACGAGACUCGAGAAGUACAGAGAUCAGACGUCCCCCACACACCACAAGCCGACUCGCAUCAAGAUCAGUGAGUCAACUGCAUGCACCACUUUGCUAAGCGCACUGAAUCUUGGCUACACUCCCAGUCACCCUGCCGCCUCCUGCAAGGAGGUCCUCCAGCUGGCCCCACGGUCUCCCUCAGGUCUCUACUGGAUCAGUGGAACCGACAGCAAACCCAAACACAUGUACUGUGACAUGGAGAGGAGCUGCAAAGGUGUAGCUGGAGGCUGGAUGAGGGUGGCCUCUAUCAACGUGACUGACACUAGC